AUGCCGCCCAAAAAUUCUUGCGAGGAAGUUACUGAUGAAGAUUCAGGCGAUGAAGAUCAUUUAGAUAUUAACAAUUUGCCUGGAUCGCAACUUCUAGCCGAGGCAGAAAUUUUUGAACCUAAUGUUGAAGAAGAUGUUAAUAUUUCUUUACCAAGCGAUUCAUGUAGUGAUGAUAAUGAAGAAAAUCUGCCAUUGUCGGAUGUAAAACGUCUUCUGAAAAACUCCCAACAUAUAUAUGUGAAGAAAAAUUAUGCUUGGAGAAACCAAGACUUAACACUUAAUAAUAUAGAAGUUCCAAAACCACAAAUUGUUCAAAAUGAAAAUUCGGUUAUUGAAUUGUUUUCGUUAUUUUGGGGUGACGAAGUUAUAGAUUUAUUUGUCUACUAUUCUAAUAUGUACGCUACAAGCAAAAAUAGGGUUGGAAACAUAACAAAAGAAGAAAUGAAAAAUUUUUUCGCCAUCCUACUACUGUCUGGUUAUCAAAAAUUACCCAGACGUAGAAUGUAUUGGGAAAAUUCUUCUGACACGCAAAAUCAGCUUGUUAUAAAUUCGUUAUCUAGAGAUCGUUUUGAGUAUAUUUUCAGUAAUUUACAUUGCUGUGAUAACACGAAUUUAGACAAGACAGACAGAUUUGCCAAAGUACGAUUAUUGAUAAAUAAAAUGAACAGUUUAUUCCAACAGUAUGCACCAGUAACUGAAAAUCACAGUGUGAAUGAAGCCAUGGUACCUUAUUAUGGUCGCCAUGGCUGUAAGCAAUAUUCAUACGUGGUAAACCCAUACGUUAUGGGUACAAAUUAUGGACAGGUUGUACCAGCAAAGGGUAUGUUAUUUGGGUAG